UUAUACGGGUUAGAUCCUGCUGUUCAUCUCCUGUCCUUCCUGCGAGCUCACUGUCUCCCUCCUGCUCCUCGGAUGUAUGCUGCUGAGUAAUCUGGAAAUGGACGCAACCAAAUAAUUCGGAAAGGUUUUCGGAACAAAGUUUGAAGCUCGUUGAUCUCUUCUUGCUGGAACGUUUUGAAGAAAAGCAUGAUGAUCGAUCAACCGUACUCGGCAUUCCAUGAAACUAAAAAGGGAUUCUGGCAUCACUCACGAUUGCCUUAUCGAUCGGUUGUUUUAUUGCUCAUUUGUUUUCUUACUUUUGGAUCAUACUAUUGUUACGAUAUCCCAGGUGCUCUAAAAGGAAAAUUCUUUGAUCACUUUCAAGGGUUGACUCAGCUUCAAUAUAAUUUGCUCUACUCUCUUUAUAGUUGGCCCAAUACCGUACAAGUGUUCCUUGGGGGCUAUAUCAUUGACAAGUACCUAGGUGUCCGAUGGGGCUGUUUCAUUUGUUGUUUCAUCCUUGUUGUAGGGCAAGGGAUGGUGUCUUAUGGCACUCAGAUUCACAGCCUCGGCAUCGUCUUGAUAGGAAGAUUCGUCUUCGGGCUGGGGGGGGAGACCUUGACAGUAGCGCAAAGUGCAUAUACGGCGAAGUGGUUCAAAGGCACAGAAUUGGCUACAGCGUUCGGAAUUGUGUUGUCGUUCUCACGUCUAGGUAGUGCAGUGAAUUUUGACAUAUCCCCUGCAGUCAUGGACAUGUUCACCAACUCUGAUAUUGGUGGGUUUACAUGGGCAAUGUAUGCGGGCCUCUUCACCUGCGUUGUUUCUCAUAUUUGUUGCAUGCUUUUGAACUGGAUGGACCACCAUGCCGAGAAAUCGAAAGCGAGCGAAGAUCGUGCUAUGUCUGUUCAGAGCUGCGAAGAUGAUAUAUUCGUUGAAGCAGACGAAGUGCACCUAUCUGAUAUUUCGUCGUUUCCGCUCUCAGUUUGGAUUGUUUUUGGCGUGACGAUCACCUUUUACGCCUCCGUAUUUGUUUUCUUACAAAAUGGCGUUCAAUUUCUGCAGCAAAGGUAUUCAACGACAGAGAAGCAAGCUGCAUUUGUGAUGAGCAUGCCGUAUACUGUAUCAGCCCUAGCUUGUCCCUUGUUUGGAUAUCUAGUGGACAAGACAGGUCGUGCAAUCAUUUGGAUUCUGAUAUCAACUUCGAGUGUGGCAACCAUUUUCCUUUGCUUCUCGUUUAUGGACAAUUUCUCUCCUAUCAUUGGAGUGGUCGGUAUGGGUUUGUGUUACUCGAUUUGUGCUUCGGCUUUGUGGCCUUGCAUAGCUAUUGUUGUGGACAUGAACAAAAUGGGGAUGGCCUAUGGCCUGAUGACUGCUUUUCAGAAUCUUGGUCUUGCAGUUUUUCCUCUGAUCAUUGCACCGUUGCUUCCAGAUGCUAACCGCCCGAACACAACUCCUGCAGAAUUCGCGGAAAUGUACAGAGACGUCAUGUUGAUGUUCGGCAAGGUUGCAACAGCUUCAGCAGGACUGACAAUAUUGCUUCUGUUGGCUGAUAUCAAGGAAGGAGGCUGGUUGAAUGCUUCGGCUGCUGCACUACAGGAUCGCGAGCUAAAGAAAGCUCGUGAAGAAGCACGAGAGGCACAUGUGACUGGCUACUCAACACCUGCCGUGUAUACCCACCAUGUACAUCACCGCAACAAAUACCUAGCAAGACUUGGUAUUCGACCUCACGGAGGUCCCAGAUUAUUCCCAGAGGAUUUCACCCAACAGAUUAUGCUGCCGACAUGCAUCGACAUUUUCCGUGGGAUUCGGACUUGA